AUGGUAAAACACGCCUUUGCAAAAUUUGCAACCGAUCUUGAAAGGAUUUCUGGAGGUGUUUUUAAAUUUGUAAGUAAUGGCAAUAACCAGUCUCCAUCCUUACAAGUGGCUGACAAUACUACUUUUAACACCUCAACCACAUCAAAUAAAAGAAAAAGACAUGAAGAAGAUAAUUCCGAAAGUUCUAUCAACAGUGACCCAAAACCAAUGCAACCUAAAAAACAACAUAUGAAUCAACCAUUGGAUAAGUGUUUAGGGAAAAAUGAUGAUUUUCUAUUGAGUGAGUUAGGUUUGGACCCUGAAGAGAUGAACAAAGAGGAGGAUGUUGGUGAAACAAAUGUCACUUCAAUUAAUGGUAAUAACGAUAAAAAAGAAGAUAAUUUGGUGAAUCGUCUUUCGAGUCAAAAUAUUGAACUUCAGAAGAAAUUAGAUGAUGCCAUUCAAUUACAAAGUUAUCUUGCUUUAGAAUUGGCCAAGACAAGCAAGGAAUAA